UCGCAGGUCUUGUUCCCGGAACUCAGUGGGCGUUGCACGGAGGCCGAAGAGAGCGUGACUGUCAGGCUCUCCGUGCUGCGCGGCUGGCGGUGCCGGGAACCCAGAGGCGAUAUGCCUCGGUACGCGCAGCUGGUCAUGGGCCCCGCCGGCAGCGGGAAGAGCACCUACUGUGCCACUAUGGUCCAGCACUGUGAAGCCCUCAAUCGGUCUGUCCAGGUUGUGAACCUAGAUCCUGCAGCAGAACACUUCAACUACUCCGUCAUGGCUGACAUCCGGGAACUGAUUGAGGUAGACGAUGUGAUGGAGGACAACUCUCUGCGCUUUGGCCCCAAUGGAGGAUUGGUAUUUUGCAUGGAGUACUUUGCCAAUAAUUUCGACUGGCUAGAGAACUGUCUUGGCCACGUAGAAGAUGACUACAUCCUUUUUGACUGUCCAGGUCAGAUUGAGUUGUACACACAUCUACCUGUGAUGAAACAGCUGGUCCAGCAGCUAGAACAGUGGGAGUUCCGAGUCUGUGGAGUUUUCCUGGUUGAUUCUCAGUUCAUGGUGGAGUCAUUCAAGUUUAUUUCUGGCGUCCUGGCAGCCCUGAGUGCUAUGAUCUCCCUAGAAAUUCCACAGGUUAAUAUAAUGACAAAAAUGGAUCUGCUGAGUAAGAAAGCCAAAAAGGAAAUUGAGAAGUUUCUAGACCCAGACAUGUAUUCCUUACUAGAUGAUUCUGCAAGUGACUUAAGAAGCAAAAAAUUCAAAAAAUUGACUAAAGCUAUAUGUGGACUGAUUGAUGACUACAGCAUGGUUCGGUUUUUGCCUUAUGAUCAGUCAGAUGAAGAAAGCAUGAACAUUGUAUUACAGCAUAUUGAUUUUGCCAUUCAGUAUGGAGAGGACUUAGAAUUCAAAGAACCAAAGGAACAUGAAGAUGAAUCUUCUUCAGUGUUUGACGAAUAUUUUCAAGAGCAUCAGAAUGAAUGAAGAAUUUAUUAAAAAGUAACUGUAUAUGUGAAAAGCUUGUGGCUGAACCAGCAGAACAUUCUUCUUUUCAAAGGCUACAAUACUGAAAAGCUACUUUAAUGAAAAAUAUUAGUACAUGGCUCUUUAUCAGCAACAUGUCUUGAAUCAAGUUCUUAAUUAUUCUGAGGCUGCUGCUGUUUAAAGUGGAAUCUUUUAAUAUUAUUUUAACAGCAUCAAUUUAGAUAUUAGAGGUUGAAAUGAAUGCAUAUAUAUUUGUAUAUAACACCACACCCAUGGAACAGUUAAGAUCAGUUUACCUUUAUUUUUACUGAUUUUGUUAUUUUUAAAGACUUUGGAGGGGCAGGAAUUAUUGUAACAAAAUAUACAUAUGUGUGGUCAAAGGAAAAAAUCUGGAAGGAAAUAAGACCAUUACUUAUCUGUGUCUUUCAGUUUUCCUACAUUGAAAAUGUAUUAUUUGUAUAAUUAAAAUGUGAAAAGUUAACUAUGUUUUAAGAUAUAUAUGUAUAUAAAUAAAAGAAGUAGAAAGAUGGCACUAACCUUU